CGCCUUCCUCAAUCAAGCGACAGAUAACGUCUAGCGAUUGAAGGGCUCACUCGUCACAUUCCGUCACACCCGCGCAGAAACAACCAGAGUCAGGCAGUGCAACAGAGGAGCAUUCCCUCCCUUGUCCUACCUAACAACUGAACAUGCCCCUCUCGGUCAGGUCUUGCUCAUUCGCCUCGCAGUUCCAGUUCUAGACCUUCAAUGUUUACCUGCAAUGCAGUGACCCCUCAUCGCCAAGCCGGGAUGGCUGCCUGCUCGGGGUGGUCGUCGUGCUUGCGUGUUUGAAAUUCAUCGCGCCAUUGGUUGUGACUCGACUUGAUAUAACUUUUUUGCUCGUUGACACCCCCUUUUUUGUUUCUUACUUCUCUUUUGUUUUUAAAGCAGCGUUCUUGUUUGCGUUUAUCGCACCAAGCAAAGAAACCAAACGACAGCGCAUCGCCCCAAAGGGCACAAUCUCAUCAUGGCUGCCCUCCCAAAGUUAAGCGCCAAUGUCUUGACUCCGAAGUUGCUCGACAAGCUCGUCGAGAAGGACGAGACCGACAUCAACAAAGUCAUCCGUGACCUACCUCCAGUCAAACCCAUCACCCUCCCAUCUCGUCCCAGCGACGCAUUCGGCACCCUGGCCUUUCUGCCGACCGAGAUCCUCAUCGCCACCGCCUCUCACCUAGAUGUACUCACCUUGACGCGGCUCGCCCAGGCGUCGAUGGCGUGGAAGGACGUCGUCCAAUUCAACCCCAUCUACCGCGACCUGAUCACCCAUGUCCCGGAUGUUUUAGCGGCACUUGCCGCCACGGGCAUGCUGGCCGUGCAUCCUGCACCGGUACUGCACCACGCCCUCCGCUCUUGGCGCUGCUCCAGCUGCGACGUCCACUUUGGCGGGUACCUGUUCCUCCCCACAGCCGAGCGCGCCUGCCUCAGCUGCCUGGCCGAGAACCCCGCCCUGCGCGUCUACGACCCCCAGAGCGUGCAGCAGUGCUUCGGCCUGUCCGACUCGCAGCUCGCCCGCCUGCCGCGCCUGCGCGUCAUCAGCGGCAGCUACAAGGUCGCCUCGUACGCCGACGCCCGCGUCGGCAAGUCCAUGGUCGCCGUGGGCGCCGCCAGGAAGCUCUCCGGGGGCCAUCUGAGACCCAUUGAGGAUUUCGAGUGCGAGGACUCGCGGCAGCCGGCCGGAGACUGCGCCCGCACGGGUCCGGUCUCUGAACGCCCGUCCGGCCCGAACCGGAGGCCGCCCGGCGCCCACAUGACCAUGACGCUGCGCACCAUGCGCGACGCGCCCCUCAAGCCGCCCGGCGGCGACCUGACGCUGCGCCCGCGGCCCCGCUACCGCAUCGACGACUACCUGGCCGGCGUCGCCGUCGUGCGCAUGCCCUACCUGCCCGGCCCGCAGCACAAGCCCGUCGAGCUCGACCGCGGCCGUCUGUGUCGCGGCUGCCUGGUCACCCAGACCCACUACCGGAGCGGCAAGCUGCCCGGCGGCGUGGCGGCUGCCAUGUGGCCGUCGGACCUCGUGGACGGGGGCAGGCGCGCCAUGGAGGCCAUCACGACGCGGCUGUGGACGAGGGAUGGGUUUGAGGAGCACCUGAGGGAAUGCUAUGGGGCGAGGUUGUUGAUGAGGCAGUGGGGGGUCGUUGAGAAAUGAAACCGUUUUUUUUUUCUUUUCUUCCGCCGAUGUGUGUGUGUGUGUGGGAAAAGAGAAAGAAACGGGAUAAGAAAAAUAUUGAUUAACAAAAGAAGCCGAGCUAGGGAAAAAGCUAGCAAGGUUUAGCGGCUGUGCUAAUUCGGACGUCGAGCGGCCCCAUGCAUCCGAGCGUUUGCGUCUGCCGUUUACUUUAUUUCACUUUUUUUUUGUUCUUAGUCCGAGACAUGAUGGGAUUUGGCUUGUGAUUUUCGUUCUCCGAAUGAAUAAGAUCUCGGGAGAGGAAAAGUAACAAUAAAGAGAAAAAAAAACCAUUUUAUCA